UGUAUGAUUUGGAAUUUGGAACAACACAGCACAACACAACACACACAACACAGGGAGAGUCAUUGGAUUCUCAUUUCUCACUUCUCCUUCAUCCUUUCUCAUCUUCUAGAUCCAUCAAAUCCAACACUCUCACCCUAAGUUCUCCAUUCCUUCUUUCUAUCAUUUCUUGCUUCCUCACCCUUUUUUUCUUUCAUUUUCCAGUCCUCUAAUAUAAACCCAUUUCAAUUUUGAUUCAACCAACCAAGUUUCAGAUUCGCUAGCUUAGUUUGUUACUUACUUAAGUUAUUGUUUUGUAUUCCUCUGUCAGAGUCAGAAUCAAGUUUAUGUUCAAACCCAGUUACUGCUCACCCUUUACUCUUUCUUUUAUUCAACUUCACCCCAAUCAAUCAUUCAUGCAAAUAUGUUGCCGGCUUAAUCAAACAAUUUUUUUCUUCUGAAAUACAAGUACUUGGCAGCACACAUGUUCUGAGGUAGAUGGGUCUCGUUGCCAUUCGGCCACGUGAAAGGGAGCUAGUUGUUCAGUUGGAGUCAUAAUGAAUGUCUGGUCUGUGUUCCGUCAUUGCCUUCUAUCUCUAAUACCGAGACUCCGAGCGAGUUAAAGUGGAAUUCUGAAAAGAAUUUUUUUUAUCCAUGCUAUCAGAGAGCAUGCUUGGAAUCUGUAAUUCGGGUAAUGCCCCUGACGAGAUUUGCUGCCGAUGCAUUCAGUGUGGUCACAAUUUGUUUGGUAGCCAUAUUGCUUAUUCUGGGCUUGAUGUGCAUUGCAUACUCAUUUUACUUUAGGUCUCGUAUUAAUAAUCGGGGUUUUGUUCAGCUGAGUUAUUUUAGUGGUCCUUGGAUCAUCAGAAUAGCAUUUAUCUUGUUUGCAAUCUGGUGGGGUCUUGGUGAGAUUAUUCGGUUAAGUUUGUUAAGACGUGCCCUUCACUUAAAAUGGCAGGAAACGAUCUGCAAAUGCUACAUUGUAUCAAAUCUGGGGUUUGCAGAACCCUGUCUCUUCCUCACACUAGUGUUUCUCCUCCGUGCACCCUUACAGACGUUGGAUACUGGAAUUAUGAACAGAAAAUGGAAUGGGAAGACAGCCGGCUAUAUUCUGCUAUACUGCUUCCCAAUCUUUGUUCUUCAACUUUUCGUCAUUUUGGUUGGACCUCACCUAAACAAGAAUAACAAUGGUUCUGGAGAAAAGUUGCCUCAUUAUUUUACAAGUACAGCUACUGCCUCUUCAAUUACUGAGGAACAUGACAUCGCCCUCUGUACUUACCCUUUACUCAGUACUCUUUUCCUUGGCCUUUUCGCCAUUAUCCUCACCUCCUACCUUUUUUGGCUUGGAAGUAGGAUUUUGAAGUUAGUUAUUAAUAAGGGAUUGCAGAAGAGGAUUUACACACUGAUACUCUCAGUUUCAGGUUUACUUCCAUUAAGGGUUCUUUUCCUUGGUUUAUCUGUUUUAUCUGGACCUGAGCAUUUUAUGUUUGAAGCCUUUGCUUUCUUGGCUUUUCUUGCCCUUGUGUGUUGUGCUGGGGUGUGCAUGUGCAUGCUUGUGUAUCGUCCAGUUGCAGAUAGUUUGGCGCUGGGGAACUUGCUAGAUUUAGAUGCUUGGAGACUGAAUGUUGAUUGUAAUGAUACCAUGUCUCUUAUUGCUAAUCAUGGUCACCAAGAAGAUAAUGAUAUUGAAGGGAACAAUCCAACUCCCCGUUCCACUCAAUGCAGGUAUUCUGAUGCAUCAACUAAAGGUGGUUCAAUUUCAUUUCGGACAUUGGAAAGGGAUAGGGAUAGGGACAGCAAGUUUGUUGAACUAAGCCUAUUCUCUCCCACCCAAACGGAUUUCUUUGCCUGAAUUAUCAUUAUUCGUGCCAAAGGAAACCAAAUGAACAACUCUCUAAUUCUUGUUUUGUCUCCUAAUUCCAACUGUAGCUUAUUUGCUUUAGAAUUUGUAGUGAGUAAUAUUUUAUUUCUUUCCUGUACCCUCCAUCUCCACAAUUUUCUAAGUUUCUAUUCUAUCUGAAAGAAUUGAAUACAUUUGGCUUAAUUUUA